CAAGGCUGCCAGGCUGCGCGGCGGGCGCGCUGGGCGUGCAGGUGGUUCCUCCUCCGCUUCUCCUGGGUUUGGACCACGCCAGGCACGGUGCCGGCCACCAACAGACAGUGCCUUUGUGUCCGGCUCGGGGAGCCGCAACGGCCGCUGCCAGCCUGAGACCAUUGUUUCGUUUCUCUUUCUCUUCCGGGCAGGUGCGGGCGGCGCGCGGGCUCUACACGUGCCAAAGCCGGGCACAAGCGACGGACCCCCGGGCGCCGGGUAGGGGGCGUCUCCGGGCGCGCGGCAGGAGAUGAAGUACCUGAAGCCGUGGUGGUCGGACGGCGAGGGCCUGCUGCACCUCACCAUCCUGCUGAGCUUGGCGGGGCUCCGUGUAGACCUGGACGCCUCUUUGCUGCUCUCGUCGCCCACCCUGCUCCGGGAUGAGCUGCUGCUCCUGGGCGGCCCUACCAGCUCCGCCUAUGCGCUCAGCCCUUUUCCCGCUUGGGGAGACUGGAGAAGUACGGGCCUGCUGCACCCCAAGGGCCGGGAGCCGGACCCCGCGACACCCCUCGAGGGCCAGCUGCUCCGGGAGGUGCGCGCGCUGGGGGUCCCCUUCAUUCCUCGCACCCGGGUGGAUGCUUGGCUGGUGUACAGCGUGGCUGCCGGGGCGGCCGACGAGUCCGCCGCCCCUACGGCGGGAGAAGUCGGUGCCAGCGUGGACGGCGGCAGCCAGGCUGCGCCGAGGGGUGGCGAAGACGCCCGUGCGGCUCAGAGAGACCUCUUGGCCUCCGGGGAGGAGGAGAAGGCACCAGCGGAACCGACGGCUGAAGUGCCGGACGCUGGCGGACGCGCGAACCAGGAGGUUGAGGUACUAAGAGAGGGCUGUGAAGUUGUGGAUUACAGUUGCCAACAUGAGGAAAAUGAACUAAGGGUGUCAGUCCAGAAGGAGGAAUCACCACAGCAGAUCAAUGAAGAUGAAAAUAAAAUAGCAACUAAACCCAACCAGGAGGCAGAAAAGGCCUCUGAAUCUAGACAUGAGAGACAUCUAAAUGGGACAGACACAUCUUCCUCUCUGGAAGAUUUAUUUCAGUUGCUUUCAUCACAGCCUGAAAAUUCCCUGGAGGGCAUCUCACUAGGAGAUAUCCCACCUCUUCCCAGCAGUGGCAAUGAUGGCAUGAAUUCUUCAUAUUAUAAUGUAGAUUUUAGCCAGGCUGUAAGUCAGGAUGUGAGUCUCCAUGAGGCCAUGUUACUGUGUUCCAAUAAUACAUUUAGAAGAGAUACAGUAACUAGAAAUUCACAGCCACCUCAGUCUUUUCUGCAGUUAAAUUCUUCCACCAGUCCUGAGCAGACCUUUCCUGGAACUAAUUUGACAGGAUUUCUUCUACCUGUUGAUAAUCAGAUGAGGAAUCUAACAAGCCAGGACCUUCUGUAUGACCUGGAUGUAAACAUAUUUGAUGACAUAAAUUUAUUAUCUUUGGCCAUGGAAGGUUUUGAUCCAAUGGAAGUUUCUCAACUUUUUGAAGAACCAGAUUCUGAUUCUGGACUCGCCUUAAAUUCAAAUCACUGUAGCACUUCCGUCAGAAAGUCUAAUUCCUCUCACUGUAUCUGUGAUGAAGGUGCUAUAGGCUGUACUAGUGACCUUGAAUCUGUUUCCCAUCAUGACUUAGGAGCCGUAGGAGGCAGCUACCCUGAGCCUGGUAAGCUUUGUCACAUGGAUCACAGUGAUUCUGGUUUACAUGGAGAACUUGAAUUUCAACACAUACUGCAUAACCACACUUAUCACUUACAGUCAAGUGCAAUGGAAUCCACUUCUGAAUCUCUUUCAUGGCCUGAGAAGUCUAAGAAAAUAAGGAAUAAGGGCCUCAAUGAUACAGAUAGAAACUUAAGCCGUGAUGAACACCGUGCUAAAGCUCUACAUAUUCCUUUUUCUAUAGAUGAAAUUGUCUGCAUGCCUGUUGAUUCUUUCAACAACAUGCUAAGCAGGUACUAUCUGACAGACUUACAAGUAUCACUCAUCCGUGAUAUCAGAAGAAGAGGAAAAAAUAAGGUGGCAGCUCAGAAUUGUCGUAAACGCAAAUUAGAUAUAAUUUUGAAUCUAGAAGAUGAUGUCUUUAACUUGCAAGCAAAAAAGGAAACUCUAAAGAGAGAGCAGGCCCAGUGUAACAAAGCUAUUAACAUAAUGAAACAGAAACUGCAUGAUCUUUAUCACGAUAUUUUCAGUAGGUUGAGAGAUGACCAAGGUAGGCCAGUCAAUCCAAACCAGUAUGCUCUGCAGUGUGGUCAUGAUGGAAGUGUUUUGAUUGUACCCAAGGAACUGGUGACCUCAGGCCACAAAAAGGAAAAAGGGAAAAAGAAAAAGUGAGAAGAAAUUGAAGAUGGACUCCCAUUACAUGGCUAAAAUAGUGUGUAUUCACAAACUGGUGAUAUCACGAAUCAUUGAAACAGCUUCAAUUUUUACUCCCAUGAAGUGUUGUACUGCUACUGAAAUCAACCACUUACUACAUUUUGAGAGGUUUCAACUUCUUGAAGAUCAGACUUCUGGGAAAUUUGCAGAAGCCAUGGCGUUUCACAAAGUACUCCAAACUACAGUAUAUGCAAGAUUCACAGUGUGUUCAGAAAUGUAAUAGGGUAAUAUCUGAAAAACUGGUGAAAGACUGCCCCUUCAGAAAGAGCACAUAUUGCACAUGUAAAUUAUUUUAAGAAUGUAUGUUUUGACUUUAAAUGCCUUAACGUUUCAUCCAGUAGUACUGAAGUAUGAUAGCUUUUCAAAAGCUAUUUUAGUUUAAUUCUAUGAAUACUUAAUUUAUAACCUUUACUUUCUGUAGAAAUAAAUUUUAUAUUUGAAUUUAUAUUCUAAAAUUUUUCUAUUUUAUACCAAUAUUCUAAGCAAAUUUUACUUUUUUGCUAAGUUUCCCUCCAAAAUACUCACAUUCAGAAAUGUGAAAAUCUAGCAAAUAGAGCAUGUUAUUUUCAUUUGGAAGUGUAUAUAAAUCAAUGAGAUGCAAGCUAAACUGAGGCACAUGUAGUAAUGGGACGCUGAUAUAAAGCAAAAACCAAAUACAUUUUCAAGGUCUCAUCAAGAUAUCAAGAAGGGAGCUUUAGAAUGAGUAUAUAUUGGCCUUUAAUAGCCCUUUGAAUGCCUGGGGCUAAGAAACCUCAGCAUGCCUCCCUCCUGUAACUAGAUAUAAUGGAGCUACCAAUAUACAGGGAAACAGAACUUCAUGCAACAAGAAACAGGCGUUUUUCAGGUUGAGGAUGCAGCCAAUAAAACUGCCAAAUUCACACCAUAUCCUAAAACACUGAGGUUUCACCAAAAUAAAAUCAAAGCUUACUGUUAUAAAGCCACACAAGGAAUAGACUCUGGUCAGGAGGACCUGAAAAUGAGCCAAAUACUAAUCAAUCCUAGAAAUAUGGCAAACAGGGUACUGAACUGCCCAAUGAUAGCUAUAAUCAAAUCACCAACACUGCCAAAUUUGGAAAACAAGAUUAACACAUACCCUGUUGGUCUAAUGUUUAAUUCACAAUCAAGGCCAAAUAUUUCUAGAAGAAUCACGUGCUUUUCUUAAAACAUAGAAUAUCACAAGUCCCAAGUAUUAUCCUGGGCUACAGGAAUGCAGUUUUCAUUUCUAAAUGAAAAUAACAUGCUCUAUUUUUUAACAAUAAAAAUUUCCAUUUCAUGCUAGUCCUAAGCGCUUUUAGAAGCUCUAGAUUUGAAGGCAACUACUUCUAGAUGCAAAAAUUUACUUUCAAUAACCACUUCAUUAAUGAUCAAUUGGUUUGAUUACUCUGUUCACAGGGUGCAUUUCUGCAAGAAAAGCUCUCAGGUAUCUAUCUAGAUUACAGCUUCAGGGCAUGUUACAAAAAUCAAGUAAAUUUAAAAACUAAUUCCUAUGUAUUUGUACAAAACUGUUACAGUGGCCUUAUUCACUCAACACUUAAGGUCUGUCAGACUGCAUUCUUCCCAAACCAAUGAAAGUAUUAAGACCACAGUAAAUGACAGAACAUCAGAUAGGCAAUAAAAUAACAAUAUGCAGUGUGGAGAAAGCUGGGAGUCAAAAUGUUCAUGCUUAAAUCUGAAAGGUAUCUGAGGCACUGUUAGCAAAGGUGGAUUAGACUACCAACACUCAAAUUCAGUGACCGUCCAAUUUACCAUGAGCUAGUUCCAUGGCAAUUAUCACUCAAAAGCACAUCUAAACUUACUGGAUUCGUGGCACAUAAGCUGGAACUGUAAGCAGGGUAUUUUUCUGCCUACCAUCUUGGAUCAUCAUAGAGCUGAUCUUUAAGUUCUCAUUAAUGCCCUAUGCAUUUUACAGAACCAAGCUGUGAACAGGCAUUUGAUCAACUUUUUGUUAUAUCUAACCAAGAUAAAAGAUAAACAGAUACAGUUCAUUAAUACUUCCUUGAUUUGAAAAACAAUCCCAACAGAUCGAAGGCAAGAGGGACUGUUGUGCCCCACAGUGCCUGGCAUUUGGUGUGGACAAAAAUCUGAAAGGGGACCAAUGACAACUGUGAAGUCAUACCAGUCUUAGCAGUUUCACCUUCUACCUUGCACUUCACAGAAGACUGGCUCAAACCUACAUUCCAUUUGAACCGGGUCCAAGUCCUUCCUUUUAAUCAAUUGUUAACUCAGUGAUUGAAACUGAAGUACAUGCAGUGUUUUAGGUAAAAAUUAAGUGACUUUCCCAUCUGCAAAGGUACAUACUUUUUUUUUACUAUCAACUGCCAAACACCACAGCUGUCUUAAGACUUGAUUCUCCUCCUGAAACCUGAAUUUUACAUCUGAGCAUGAUGAAAAACAUGCUCAGAGCAACCUAAUUUGUACUGAUGGGACAAAUUGGACAUUCCAAAAUGCUAUGUGCACGAAUGAGCCAACCAGUUUCAUAGAAAUGUUGUAUUAAAAACAACACAAAACGUUUAGUGCAGUAUCCACUGCCCAACACAGUGCUCAAUGAUCCUUACCCCUCUUGAAUCGUGCUCUUGAAAACCAUCCCACAUUGUGUUAGGAUAGUAUGACUUCUGAAAUUACAUCAGUUUUUUUUUUGCUCUUGAAUCACUCAAGGGAAAGGCAGCAGCCAGCACCAACUUGUCAACCCUUUAAAACAUUUUGGAAGCCAAGUUCUUCAACCAGACAUGUCUUCCCAUGACUGUAACCUUGAGACUCAGCUGGAACCACACAGCCAAGUUGCUCCAAACAGCCCACACUGUACAAGGCAAAAAAGUGUUCAUUGUUGUGCCACUGUCCUAAGCUUUGCAGCUAUUUGUUCUGCAGCACUGGGGGGAUAACCCAGAGGUGAAAACCCAGCACCCCUAAACUUCAAUGUGAUUUCCUGCCUUUAGGACAGUUAUUUGAAUUUAUUCCCUAAAUUUUAUUUUCUUAAGGAAAAAAAUCAAUAUAUACAUGAGAAAAGGGCCUGAAGUGAAUUCCCAGCAAGACCUAAUACACUUGUAGUACACCCUUAAGUCAGUUCAUUUUUAACCUAUUAUGUAAUGCAUUAUGUAACUUUUUUCCCCUCAAUUUGACAUUCCCUUUAACCUUAGGAGUUACUGCACUAAAACAGGGCUAGAUAGCAAGGUUGUGCAGUUAACUUGAUUUACCUUCAUGUUCUCCAACGUUCAACUUCUUUGUAGACACACAUUUUUAAAAACCUUCAAAAUCAGAUUACUUCAAUUUGAUGCCAAGUUAACUUUGUAGCCUAUGAUGUAUGCAGUUAGUUUAAAUAGGAAACAGCUCACAAUUCCUUCACUUAGGCUUAUUAGCCUUAUUUCCAUCAAUAGCUUGACUUACCUGUUAUACCACUAUCAAAAUAAAAACAUUUUUAA